AUGGCAUCUGACAAAAAAAUCAAGAUCGGUAUCAACGGAUUUGGAAGAAUCGGUCGUUUGGUUGCGAGAGUUGCUCUUCAAAGAAACGAUGUUGAACUCGUUGCUAUCAACGAUCCUUUCAUCACUACUGAUUACAUGACAUAUAUGUUCAAGUAUGACUCUGUUCAUGGCCAGUGGAAGCAUUUUGAGCUCAAGGUCAAGGACUCUAAAACCCUUCUUUUCGGUGAGAAAGAAGUUGCUGUUUUCGGAACUAGGAACCCUGAGGAGAUCCCAUGGGGUGAAGUUGGAGCUGACUUUGUUGUUGAGUCUACUGGUGUUUUCACUGACAAGGAUAAAGCUGCUGCUCACUUGAAGGGUGGUGCUAAGAAGGUUGUUAUUUCUGCCCCAAGCAAAGAUGCACCAAUGUUUGUUGUUGGUGUUAACGAGAAGGAAUACAAAUCAGACCUUAACAUUGUUUCCAAUGCUAGCUGCACUACCAACUGCCUUGCUCCCCUUGCCAAGGUUAUCAAUGACCGAUUUGGAAUUGUUGAGGGUCUUAUGACCACUGUCCACUCCAUCACAGCUACUCAGAAGACUGUUGAUGGUCCAUCAAGCAAGGACUGGAGAGGUGGAAGAGCUGCUUCCUUCAACAUCAUUCCCAGCAGCACUGGAGCUGCCAAGGCUGUUGGAAAGGUUCUUCCAGAACUAAACGGUAAAUUGACCGGAAUGUCAUUCCGUGUUCCUACCGUUGAUGUUUCAGUUGUUGACCUCACUGUCAGGCUUGCGAAGAACGCUACCUAUGAGCAGAUCAAAGCUGCUAUCAAGGAGGAGUCAGAGGGUAAACUCAAGGGUAUUUUGGGUUACACUGAAGAUGAUGUUGUAUCUACUGACUUUGUUGGUGAUAGCAGGUCUAGCAUAUUUGAUGCCAAGGCAGGAAUUGCUUUGAAUGAAAACUUUGUGAAACUUGUUUCUUGGUAUGACAACGAAUGGGGAUACAGUACCCGUGUUAUUGAUCUGAUUGUCCACAUUGCUUCUGUGGCUUGA